AUGUUGCGCGACCCCAAGAACAUCAAGGCUCUCGCUGCCGGUUCCAACCACAUUCUCGCUCUUGACGUCAAGGGUAACGUUUUCGCUUGGGGCUGUGGUCAGCAGAACCAGCUCGGUCGACGCAUCAUUGAGCGUCACAAGAUGUCCUGUCUCAGCCCCCGGGGUGUUUGUCUGCCACGCGGCAGAAUUAGCAAGAUCGCUUGCGGUUCGUACCACAGCUUUGCCCUUGACACGGACGGCAAGGUUUACGGCUGGGGCCUAAAUAACUUCGGUCAGGUCGGUGUCGAAUCUAACGCUGGUGAGGACGAUGCUGUCAUCCUUCGACCUGCUAAGCUUUCCUACCUUAAUCAUAAGAAGAUCACAGACAUUGAUGGUGGCGGGCACCACUCCGUCGCUUGCUCCGCCAAUGGUGAUAUCUUGACUUGGGGCCGUGUCGAUGGCUACCAAGUUGGCUUCGAGUUUGACAAGCUUUCUGGUGACAACACCAUCUACGACGAUCGAGGCAAUCCUCGUAUUCUCUUCAGGCCUACUGUCCAACCUGACCAUAACGACAUCGUCGCUGUCGCCGCUGGUACUGACAACAGCUUCGCCAUCGCCUCCGACGGAAAGGUCUUCUCUUGGGGCUUUUCUGGCAACUACCAGACCGGCCAAGGCACGACCGACGACAUACACACUCCCACUGUGAUCGAUAACACCGCCAUCCGUGGCAAGCAGAUUAUUGGAGCCGGCGCUGGUGGUCAAUACUCUGCCCUUUUCAGCGUCGCUGAAGAUACUUCCUUGGGCCCACCAAACAUGUUGGUAUAA